AAUGUUGCAAGUUCUCCCGCCUCACUGGCUGUUAAUUCAGUGGACAUUCGAAAAUACCGGUCACUUCCGAGAACCAUAAAAGCAACAACAUAACUGCAAGCAGCCAUACGAUUCGAUGACUCUCCCCUCAGUUAGCAGCAUCAUUGGUCAAACAGUAAGCGACGUCAAAUCCGUUCUCCUCUCGUCCAUUGUGGGCGGAAACUUCGCCGGAAAUGUCACUUAUAAGCCUAGCGGCGGCGACGCUUUAGUGAAAUCCGGAAGAUCUACCAUCUAUAUAUCUCCAGGAGAUGAGGCCUUCUACGCUGCCGUCGAUACUUAUCUCAUCGAUGCCACUUGGGUCCCACAGACAACCUGGAAGAACACCACGGCUGCGGCACAAACGAAUACCGCCCAGUAUACGACGGGGCUCACUGUCACCGCAGGCUCUGAUAUUACCGCCGCUGUUGGAAUCGCAGCAGCUUAUGAUGGCCUUUCGAUCACCAUGGAUGCCUCUGUGAAGACAUUCGCUGAUUAUGAGACGACCGACAGCAUGGAAAAAGUUGUCAUGUUGGACGUCCCUCCGCUCUCGACGGUGACAUUCUAUCAAAGGAAGUAUCGGUUCAGAGACACGAUGUUCUUCAUCUUGGAUGCGUGGAAUGCCGAGUGGAAUGCUGGCUCCUGGGGGGGAUAUGACAUCACGAGGAAGGAUUGCGCAGUCGAGAUUAUGAGCGAGGACUAUCUGACUACGGUCAUCCCGUUGAAUGGUACCACUACAGGUACGAUGGUGGUGAAUACAGUUUCGAGGGCGGAGCAGGAGAGCGCCAGGGUGACGCGAACGCGCGAGAGUCUUACUGAGAGAGCGAAGGAAGCGCUUGACAGUAUUGUUGUUUAAGAAAUCAGAAUUAUUCAAGUCGACGUUCUCGACUACCUGCCCCCUGUUUCUUUUGUCCUAUUCCAUUGUUACAUUUUCACGCCCUCAAUUUUUGAGCACAAAACCAAAAAAAAGGUUCCUGUAUGCUGUAUUGUAACUUGUUCUUUCCCGAUACGAAUGUUCCUGUCGGUACGAAUGUUGUCUCAAUGCCGUCAUUUUUGUCUCCUUGAACAUGCCGGUGGCAAGACUAACCUUUCCGUCGAAUCACCCAUCUCUCUAGCUCGAUGCUUCAAUG